UAUCAGCGAACAGCGGAGUCUUAAGGCAGCUGCUCCUUGCAGGUCUGGUGCCCAAUUCAAAGGCUGGUUGCUUUCGCUGAAAAUGACCCUGCCUCUCCGCCGUGUAGGAAUGGCUGCCACUGGGAACCUGUCUGAAGAGCAGGUUCACUGCUCCAUCUGUCUGGACGUCUUCACCAACCCUGUGUCCAUCCCCUGCGGGCACAACUUCUGCCAGGCCUGUAUCCUGGGAUACUGGAAAACCAGCCCUCUGUAUCAGUGUCCCAUGUGCAAGAAGUCCUUCCACAAAAGGCCCGACAUCAGCGUGAACACGGUGCUGAGGGAGAUUGCAGAGCAGUUCAAGCAGAUAAGAGUCAAGAGCACUGAAGUGAAGGGAAGUGGGGAAGAAAGCACAGGUAAGACCAAGAAGUGGACAAUGGAGAGAAAGAUGAAAGAGGACGAGGAGAGGCUUCUGGAGAAAGGUCAGAUGCAGAACCUUAUGGAGGAGCUGAAACAAAAGCAAGAAGAGAAGAAAAAGAAGCAGGAAGUGAAGGAGAGUCAAGGGGAGGAGCUACCGCCAUUAAUCCCUCCAGUUUUGCCAUCUAAAACCUCUCCUCCACCAUCACCUCAAGACUCAGCUCAAGCUCUGCCACGAGAAACAUCACCUCCACCUUCACCUGAACCAACUUCCCCUGCACUUCCUCAAACUUCCCCAAUAUCCCUGACCCCUCCUCUACUGUGGGAGGAAGUCCUCUGCGAUGUUUGCUUGGGCGAGGGCCGCCCCAAAGCCGUCAAAUCCUGCCUCGUGUGCCUGACCUCUUACUGCGACGAGCACCUCAAGUCUCACUCCACCAGGUUCACCAAGCACAAGCUGAUGGAACCGGUGGCCAACAUGGAGGACAGGAUGUGUCCCAAGCACGAGCGGCUGCUGGAGCUCUUCUGCAAGAAAGACCAGACCUGUGUGUGUGUCCUCUGCACAGAGACAGACCACAGGGCACAUUACACCGUCCCUGUGGAGAGAGAAUGGACUGAGAAGAAGGCACUGCUGAAAAAGACAGAGAUAGACGUCCAGCAGAUGAUCCAAGACAGAGUGAAGAAGGUGGAGGAGAUCAAGCACUCUGUGGAGCUCAACAAGGUCAGCGCUCAGAGAGAAAUUGAGGAGAGCAUGCAGGUCUUCUCGGAGCUGGUGCGCUCCAUCCAGAAGGCUCAGGCCGAGCUGGUUCUGGUCAUCGAGGAGAAGCAGAGGCAGACGGAGGGGCGGGCCGAGGGUCUCAUCACCGAGCUGGAGCAGGAAAUCUCGGAGCUCAAGACGCGGCACACGGCUUUGGAAAAUGUGAACAGAACUGACCACAUUCACUUCCUGAAGAGUUUUCCGGCCUUAAGCGCCACCCCAUCUGUUAAAGACUGGUUUGAAACCAGUGUUCCCACAGACACAUGCGUUGGGAUGAUCAGGAGAUCUGUGUCUAAACUGGAGACGACAUUAAGUGAAAUGAUUGACAAGCUGUCCGCAAGUGAGAUAAAGAAAAUUCAGAAAUAUUCAGAGGACGUCACGCUGGACCCAGACACUGCCAAUCCAUGGCUCCAGCUCUCUCAGGACAGGCACCAGGUGAGGCAUCUGGGGGCCUGGCAGGAACUCCCGGACCACCCUGAGCGCUUUGACACCGUGGUCAUAGCACUAGGAAAAGAUGGCUUCACUUCAGGCAGACACUACUGGGAGGUCCAGGUGGGAGACAAGGAUGACUGGUACCUAGGCGUGGCCAAGUCUUCAGUCAAAAGAAAAGGUAGGAUCUCUGUGAGCACAGCCCAGGGUUAUUGGGCUCUGGCCAUGAAGAAAGGCCAGGGCUAUCGGGUGUCAACGUCGCCGCCACUGCUGCUUUCACUCGACCAGAAGCCAAAGAGAGUAGGUGUGUACGUGGACUAUGAGGAAGGACAAAUCUCUUUUUACGACGUGAGAGCUCGGAUCCAUAUUUACACGUUCGAGGAUGCCUUCACGGAGCGGAUCCUGCCGUUUUUUUACCUGUACUGCUGCGACAAAGCCUCUGACACAAUGGCCAUCUGUCCAGUGCAGGAGAAAAGCCUCAUCUAGUAAAACUCAGGACACACUUCGUUAUGUAAAUGAGAAUCCUGGUAUAGACUGGAUUUCUGACGCACACCUAAUUUUAUUAAAACUGCAGUUUCAUGUACAAAAGCUGGGUGUAAUACAAAGGUUUGGACGUAAACGGACAAUUGGGGUGUCUCGUGUUUAUGGCGAGAGGCGACAUUUUUCUGUCCCCCAAUCAGCCCGCUGUGUUGUGUGAAGUGAUUAGAUCCAACCUACCAUUGUUCUAUGGACUUACAACUGAAGGGAGCACAGGAAUGGUGUGGUACAAGUCGCUUGUACGCACAGGCCCAAGUUGUAGCACUCAAAGGAAAUUACGCAAAAGUUACUUUCUGAAAGGCUUGUCAAAUAAUCAAAAGCUUGUUUGUCUGCAAGAGUUUAACAUGCUGUGCAAAAUACUUGUGUACAAAGUUUGAAGAAUACACACAUUUGCCACUACAUUGUUUUUACGUUGUUUUCAGAAACUGCUUAAGAAAAAUACAAUUUUUAAAAAUAUAUCUACCAGCCACCUUUUUAGAUAUACCUGUUCAGUUUAACAGAACAUGUCAAACCAGCCAAUCAGACGGAUUUUGGACAUCUACAUAGGGUGAAGAAAAUGGAUUCAAAUCAAACUUUGGCACAGUUGUUGUUGCCAGACAGGUUGGUAGGAGUAUUUCAGAAACUAUUGACAUACUAGGACUGUUACUCGAACUAUUUGAAGUGUUUGGAAACAAUGGUCUGAAGACAGAGGUUUGAUUUCAUCUGCUAAUAGAAAAGCGAUAGUCUAAAUAAGCACUUGCUACAACUACGGCUGGGAGAAAGCCGCUUUUAUUAACCUAAAGGCAGAUCAGCCCCAGCAGCAGAAAACUACACUUGAAGAUGCUCCUGUAAGCUAGGAACAAACAGCUGAGGCUGUAAUUCACACAGGCUAACCACAAUGGGAAAGAAAUAGAAAAGAACGUUGAGUUUCCCAUUGACCUCAUUUUAGCUGCGACUUUCAAGUGGUAGCAGUUGACAUGAAUGCAUGGAUUCAUUUUAUGAAACGUUCAAACUGCUGAUGGUGGAGUUAAUGGUAUGGUGGCUGUUUUCUCAGCACACUUUGGUUCCCUUAGUACCAGAUGAACAUUUUUGAUGGCUAGCAGGAUAAUUCCUCAUGUCAUAAAACUCAAAUGUUCUCUGGUUUAGUGAACAGAAUGAGGAGUUACGGUUCCCUAAUGGCCCAAUCCAUUAGAGUAGCUUCUGGACGUGAGAACUAGAGAUUCGUAUUAUGGGUGUACAGCCAACAGGUCUGCAUCAAUGAUAUGAUCAUGUAAUUUUGGACUGAAACUCAUUAUUUUUAACUAGUGCUAAACCAAACCCCCCUUUAAGUGGAAGGCGGCGGGGGGGGGGGGGGUUUCUACACCUGUUGGUGUCCUACUCACUCAAGUCAAAAAGUUUGCUGGGAAAUGCAGGCCUGUUACUACAUGACACAGCUUGAUGAGCUGGCUCUGGGGUUUAACAAUUACCAUUUCCUGGUAAAAACAUUCGCUUUAGCAGGAAAGAAAUACAAGAUGGAUACAAGCGGCCGAAAUGGGUUUUCUCCGCAGGGUGUCUGGGUUCUCCUUUAGAGUGAGGUGUUCCGGGCAAGUCCCAAUGGGAGGAGGCCCCGGGAAAGACCCAGGACACGCUGGAGGGACUAUGUUUCCCGGCUGGCCUGGGAACGCCUUGGGAUUCCCCCGGAGGAGCUGGAAGAAGUGGCUGGGGAGAGGGAAGUCUGGGCCUCCCUUCUGAAGCUGCUACCCCCGCGAUCCAACCCUGGAUAAAGCGGAAAAAAAUGAAUGGAUGGAAAGAGAUGAAUUCCCAAUCAAUAUAGAGUUUAUUGGGAAUUAAUGGUUCAAUAGAACCAUUAAAAACCAUGAUGGAGUUUGUGAAGUGAAAUUUACGUGUUCUGAGGUGAUGCAAUGAUGUUACUAAUGUCUGGCACAAACCAUGGAAAAAUUGGAGUCAAACCUUUUGUUUGGUUUAAUGAACGGGAAAUAAGAUGUACGUUCCAGAUGAUGCAAUGAUGGAAUUUUAUUUUUUACAUGAUCCCAUGCCUUGUGGUAAGCUAACAGGUAUCUGGAGAUUAUAUUUUGUGAACUUUGCCGUUUUUUCAUUUGGAUUCAAUUCGAUUAUUGAAUGCGUGCCAUGAAAAGUAAAAUUCUGUCUUGACUUGUUUGGUCGUAACUUCAAAAUCUGUAGGAUGUAAGAGAAAGAUGUAAAACAAUAAAUGCUCUCCAGAACAUCA